AUGUCGCGACCCGUGGCCGAGGAUCCAGCGGUAGCGGACGAAAAUGGCAAGACUUUCUCCUGCUUGGGUUGUCGGCAGCGCAAAAUCAAGUGCGACCGCCAGGCUCCGUGCUCCAACUGUGUCAAGGCGGACACACCAUGCAGCUUCAUUCCGCCUGUACGCGGCAAGCGGAAGAGGACAAAGCCUCCCCGGGAAGGAUUGCAUGCCAAGUUGAAGCGAUACGAGGAGAUGCUCAAGUCCUAUGGCGCAAAUAUCGAACCAUCUCUCGACAGUGAUACCUCGGAUGUGGAAUCAGCAGCCAGGUCGGAUGUGGGCAUUCCCAACCAUGCUGGGCCUCAAAUCGAAGUUGUCCCUGGUGCUCCUGUGCCUGAUGUAACCACCAGGUCAAGGCUUGUCACCAGGGAAGGCGGCUCAAGGUAUUUCGACAGUGCUCUGUGGUCCAACUUAGGAGACAAGUUUCGGCACCCGGACGAAUACGCCCCUGAUGGGCUCUUGGACGAGGCCAGCGUGAACGAAUGUCCCCUCUUUCUUGGUUCGCCUUCCAGUGCCGCCAACACCUCAAGUCUUGUUGAUCACUACCCUUCCGUUCAAGUCCUGCGCAAGAUGAAGGAUAUCUAUGUGGACCGAAUUGAUCCUCUCAUGAAAAUUCUGCAUAUCCCGACCUUCUGCUCCUCGUUGACAAACGCACUGCAACAUCCGCAAGAGACGCCCAACAGCCUAAACGCGGCAAUGUUUAGCUUCUGUCUAGCUACAGUCAGUGCCCUGGAUGAUGACGAAUGUCAGAGUCUGCUGGGAGGACCGAGGCCACUCAUGCUGGCGCGGUAUCGAACUAUGGCUCGGCAGGCAUUGAUAAAUGCUGGACUCCUUCACACUUCAAGCCUCACGACACUCAGGGCAUUUUCUUUGUUCCUUAUCGGUGUGAGAACCUCCAAUCGACACGAUACACAAUACAUCUUGUCAGGCGUGGCCGUACGACUCGCGCUCAAAAUGGGUCUGCAUCGGGAUGGCGAGUCGCUCGGGCUGUCUCUUUUCGAAAGUGAAAUGAGGCGGCGUCUCUGGUGGCACAUUGUGCACAUAGACUUUCGCGCCGCCGACAUGCUGGGCAUGAGACCGUGCCUGGAUCUGUCCAUUGGAGACACCAAAGUACCUUUGAAUGUCGAGGACGAGGACCUCACUCCCGAAAUGGUCGACCCCCCGCCCGAGCGCGACGGAAUUACCUCCAUCAUCCUCUGCCUCGUCAGAUGCGAUAUCAUGGAGGUCCUACGCAAGCUUGCCUCACCAUCGUCAAAUGGUGCUUACUGGGACGUCCUCACGAGCCCUGAUAUCACAACCGCCCGAAAGGAUGCCGUGAUAAGCCACAUGGAGGAUCACUGGGAGAGAAAGUAUCUCCGGUAUUGUGAUCCGUCAAAUUCGCUCCAUACAUUUGCAUCCAUCAUGAUCAGGUCCUGCAUAGCCAAGAUGAGGCUCCUUGCUCACAGUCCACGACGACGGCUGGUUGGACGGCGCGUCAAAAUCCCACAGGCAGAACGGGAAAUUGUCUUUGCAAAUGCCACAAAAUUGUUGGAGUAUGCCGUUCUGGUGCGAGGAAACCGGGGACUGCAAAAAUACACAUGGCGCAUCAGCACGAGCUAUCUCUGGGACACAUUGCUCUGCGUCCUCAUCGAGGCCCGACACCGCAAGCCGGGGCCAGAGGUGGAUCGGUUGUGGCAGCUAAUUGGCGUGGUGCUUUCGCAGUAUCCCGAAGCUUUCAAGGAGUCCACUGGGGCUGUGUAUGUUGCAAUGGGUAAAUGGACUUUGGAAGUUUGGGACGACUAUGUCGCCGCCACCAAAUCCGAGGGCCUCCCAGAACCAGUGGCGCCUGAUUAUAUCAAUGCGAUCCGGCAGAGUUGGAUAUCUAGGUCGAAGCCUGCAGCCCUUGAUCAAGACUUUGCCGGCUCCGCAAAGCUCCAGUCUGCGAUGCAGGAUCGAGCUCUACCCGAGCUUGGAACCCUCGACUGUUACAACUUUCCCGACCUUGUUUCCUUUGAAACGGACCCGAACGAAUGGGUUCAAUGGGAGCAGCUGCUUUCGGAACAUAAUGGCUUCGGCCAGAUGGAGGACUUGUGA